CUGCACCGCCAGCGCCUCAUGAACCGCGCCGUCGUCGUCACCGAGCGCGCCGACGAGCACCUCGUCUGGCACGAGCACCGCAUCUUCGUCAAGCCGCUGCCGGCCUUCCUGCUGAGCCACGGCUUCUGGACCGCGCACCUGUGCGGUGGCGGCGGUAACGGGCGCGACGGCGCGGGCCUGCACGCCUCCGCCCGCGGCAUGCUGCUGAGCUACGCCUGGCUCGUCGCGCACCCGAGCGACUUCGCCAUCGCGUCCGACCUGCGCUUAUUGCCCGCGGGGAUAACCUGGGAGCGCUGGACGGCGUUCGCCGCCUGCGUGCUGGCCUCGCUGGACCUGCGCGCCAUGGACGACGUCGACCCGCGGUACCGGUACGGCGAGCUGCGGCUCAGCCGGCUGGACAUGCUGACGCGGUGGCCGCUGGUCGCGGCGGAGUCGUGGUCGACGCGGACCUUCGUAGACGGGUACAUGAGCAGCAGCACCUGGUACACGGCCUUCUUCGAGCGCCACUUCGGCUGGCUGCUCGUCGGCUUCGUGUACGUGAGCGUGGUGCUGUCCGCGCUGCAGGUAGGUCUCGCGACGGACUUGCUGAGCCAAAACAGCGAAUUUCAGAAUCUCGGCCUCGGGGUCACCGUCGCCGGGCUCGUGGCGCUGUGUCUAGCGCUGGGUUCUAUCGUGAUAGUUUGGUUUGUUCUGUUCUGGUACCAUGUGACAUCGACGAUUAUGUUUGACAGGAGGAUACGCUUGGAGAGGAAAAGGAGCGCACAGGAGAAAACGAAAGACACCUCUUAAACCUUGACUGUUUUCAGUGAUUCGGCUACUGGCCUUCGAUAUCGAUUUGUCGAAACCAAUUAAAUGAGUAAUUAGUGCCCCGCAAUACGGAUCAUAAGCGGUUUCUUGAGAAGAUCCAUCAAAGUUGAAAGCUGUAUAACUAUCUACCUAGGAAAUCGCUUACAUACGUAUACAGAGCCAAAUCAUGGGAAGUAGAUG